GAUAUAAUUUCCUCCCAGAGUGACAGUACCAUCACAAGAAACGCGCGGAUACAUCUUCUUUGCGGCGCUUGAAAUCUAUUCUCGUGGAAACGUCGAUCCAGAAAUUGACUGAAAACACAACUAUUUACCAGAACUACAACGAUCGAAUUUGGGAACAUACCAAUUAGUAUCAGACUUCUUCUCUACAAGACGCGCGCAAUACAUCGCAUCGUAUCUUGAUCAGCUAUUCCGAUUCAAAUUUCAACCUACCUGCAAAAAUGUCUGAACCAAGAGCUCGCGCAGCCAAAAACCGCGGUCAACAAAACUUCACCGAAGCAGAACUAAAAUCUUUCCUGCAUGCUCACGGUGACGUUCACCAUGCCCUUGAAACCACGACUAAAACCCUCGAUGAAAUAGUAACUGAUUUCAUUAUCGAGCUCUGUUUUGAAGCUUCUCGCGCCGCCCAAAUAGCUGGUCGACAAAAGGUUAAACUCGAUGAUAUUAAAUUUGCUUGUCGGAAAAAUCCAGCUUUCCUAGGAAAAAUCACAGAGGUGUUUGAGAAGAAAAUGUUUAUUGAUGAGGCAAAGAAAACUUUUGAUGCAACGGAUGAUAAGUUGACGAAGAGUAGUGGGGGGAAGGUAGAGACGCUGGGAGAGGAGGAUGAUGUGGAGGAUGUGGUGAAUGUUGUUAAGGGUAGGAAGGGGAUGGGAGGUGAUUAGGGGUCUAUGAGGAAUGAGAUACACAUUGGGAAACUUGCAUUUGGAGUUGGAUAGGUCGAUACCCAUAUUAGGAGUUCAUUUUCGGAAUCAACAAUAACCUUUUACGUCUUUUGA